AUGGAUAAUCCUUUACGCGCUAAAAAUCACGAAAGACCUACAGGAUUAAACCGUCUUAAGCAGAUGGUUAAGGCAAAUCCACUGAUUAUUGUGGGCUUUGUUUUCACUGGGGGUGUGCUUGCUCGCUGUUAUUACGCCAAAGGCAAAGAACUCCAGCGUUUAUUGAUACUACGUCCUUUGGGCCAAGUAUUCACAAUUUCAAUGCUUAUGUACUCUGUAUAUAAAAUUGAACCCGAAGCUUUUGAGAAAGGUUUCUUCAGAUCUGAAAAAUAG